GCGCUCUUUGACAGCUCGGCGCUUACGUCAGAGUAGUACAACAUUAUCCCUACAGUGAUACAUGGCGACGUGUCAUCAGCUUUUCAACUGUGUGACAGUCUGGUUUAAACCGAGGAUGACCGUUUACCGUAGACCACAAUGAUAUCUAAGUGUGCUUGAUUUCAAUUCUCGCGCUUAUAGGUUUGUUAAGAACUGCAUCGCUAUCGGCCAACUAGCAACUUGUUAGCUGGCUAGCAACAGGGAGCCUCUCCCAGAGCUGUGAUGGCUAACAAACAUUAGCUUUCCUGUCUCACUCUGCCAUUCAAUUUUGUGAGUACAAACAUUUUUUACUCGUUUUACUUUACAUUCAGUGUUUGGCAGGGAGGGGUUUCUUUGUUCCUCGUCAUAACAUUUCUUGUGUUUCUAUUUACAGGCCAGCUGUUUUUUUAUUGAGACUCCGCUGGAGCUAGCUGCCUCUAUUGUUUACAUGGAUACGGUCAGCUGAGGUCCUCCGUGGGCAUGUGCUGGUCGUAACAAUACCGGACGGACUAUAGUAGGAAUAAAUGGAGCAGGAAGGUAGCAAACCUCCGUUGAAAACCCUCUGUCUACCAAAAUGAGUAUGAUCGGGGCUCAGGGGGAGGAGAGCUGCGCCUGCUGGACUGUUUGAAGUUGUGUGGGAGGUGGACAAAGGUGGACAGGGGUUUGUUUGUUUGUCCAUAUUAAAGCUCAACCUGAAGUAAGACCACAUGAAAGGAACAGAAAAUAGACCGUGCAGGAGGAUGAUCCAUUCUUCUUGCACUGAGAUGAUGCUGAAGACACUGCUUAUCAUCAGCCUCUUUGGCUGGGUGAAAUGUCAAGAGAGCCAGAGCAUGACACCAGAGGAGAAGAUUGCCAUCAGGUAAAAUGAUAUAUAUGGAUCUGAGAGUAAAUAAAGUGGAAGCGUUUAUAAUGUUGUUCAACAGUUUCACUUCCCUUGUGAUAAUACGCUCUUUUCUUUCUUUUUCUGUCAGGGACCAGAUAGUUGAGAUGUUUGAUCACGCGUAUGGUAGCUACAUGGUAAGCUAUAACUUUGAUACCAUAGUUAGAAUCACCCCAACAUGUGCAGUACAGGCCAAAAGUUUGGACACACCUUCUCAUUCAAUGCAUUUUCUUUAUUCUCAUUGCUAUUUAAAUUGUUGAUUCUCAGUGAAGUCAUCAAAACUGUGAAUGAACAGAUGUGGAAUCAUGUGCUUAAGAAAAAAAGUGUGAAAUAACUGAAAACAUGUUUUAUAUUUUAGAUUCCUCAAAGUAGCCUCCCUUUGCUUUUUUGAUAGCGCUGCAAACUUUUGCUGUUCUCUCAAUGAGCUUCAUGAAGUAGUCACCUGAAAUGGUUUUUACUUCACAGGUGUGCCUUGUCAGGGUUACUUCGUGACUAAGUACUUCUGUCAUCAAGAGCAAAGGGUGGCUAUUUUAAAGAAACUAGAAAUUAAAUUUAAGGCAAAAUGGCAAUUUUCAAUGGUGAUCCGGCACAGGUGUAUUCACCUUUCAGCUGCUGGCUUAAUUUUCCUUGUUGAGAAUUUUCAGCAUUCCAGCUUUUUACUUUUCUAUUGAUUUGUAAAUGCAGUUUUAGCAUAACAACUGUUGUUUGUGUUGCAGAAAUAUGCUUACCCAGCAGACGAGCUUAUGCCUCUAAGCUGCAGGGGUCGAGUCCGUGGCCAGGAGCCCAACAGAGGGGACAUUGAUGACUCCUUGGGGAAGUAAGUCCAUUAUCAGCACACAUGAUACUAAUUUUUAAUUCAUUACUUGAGGAUAUGAUGGAUCAAAAUCAAAUGUACUAUUUUUAGAGUCAAGGGUUAAUGUUAAGAAUUUUCUUUUUUCAAGCCUCCAUGUUUUUUAUCCCUGCUUAUGGUAUUUGAUAAAAUUAGCCAGUAAAAAAAGGGCUGUUUACUUGAUCUCAACAGGACUUUUUGACUUACAACUCUAACUGCACGGAUUUAUUUUAGUCACAAAUAACCAGAAGAUUUUCCUAAUGGCAUUAGAUAUUUUGCAUUUUGAGUGAAGACAGAAACUCGUUUCUUUUUAUGACACUCUGCCGUUCCCAAAAGAUUCAAAUUCGUCAUGGAGAAGAUGCCCCAGUUUUGUGGGAACGUGUUAAUUUAUUGCAAAUUAAAGUCAAAGAGAUUUACGAGAAGACAACAACUCCAAAGCAUCAUUCAUCCAUUUAUGCACCUGCUUGAUUUAAAGAGUAAUUUCACAGGAAAUUCAACAAAUCAGACAUGUCACAGUUAUGUGUGGUCCAUAAAAAAUGAAGCUGGAUCGCUGGUAAAGUGGGACAGCAGCCCCACUGCGCUGUGCUCUCUGGAGUCUCAUCAUAAAUCUGUCUCUGUCUUGACUGCAGGUUUUCUCUCACACUGAUUGACACCCUUGACACCCUGGUGGUGAGUACCUGCUUUUUUUUCUACUUGCUGGCAUAAGAGUGGUUUGAUCUGCUUUUGUUUGCAGGAUUUUUACUCUUUUGGACUCCAAAUUCAUUUGGUUCUGGAUGCGUUUGUGUGCCUGCGCAGGUGUUAAACAAGCUGGAUGAAUUUGAGGAUGCUGUGAGGAAAGCUGUGAGAGAUGUACGCCUGGACAACGAUGUGGUGGUGUCUGUGUUUGAGACCAACAUCAGAGUACUUGGGUAUGAAACAUGUUUUAAAUUUAUCAUCCUGCUUUACUUAAUUUGCACUCAUAUACAAACAAAUGUAUUUUUGCCCAUAUUAACUCAACGGUGUACCUGUAAGAGAGAGUCUGUCUUCUACUUUGUUUAGAGGGCUCUUGGGAGCUCAUGUGAUGGCAGACCUGCUGCGGCAGCGUGGAGAAAGGAUGCAGUGGUAUCAGGAUGAGCUCCUACACAUGGCCAAAGAGCUGGGCCACCGCUUACUGCCUGCCUUUAACACCACAAGUGGCCUUCCCUACCCAAAGGUAGUCUUUAUUUUAGUGGAAACUUAAAUGAAUAUACUUAUUCAGUGCAUUAGGACAUAACUGGGAUUAUUUUAAAUGAGAGAAAGUUCAUUGUUAUCUGUGUUUCAGGUGAAUCUGCGGUAUGGAGUCCUAAACCCCCUCUCACGCACAGGCACUGAGUCGGACACCUGCACAGCAUGUGCUGGAACAAUGAUUCUGGAGUUUGCUGCCCUCAGCAGACUGUCAGGAGAGUCUGUGUUUGAGGUAUUAUCUAUAUCUACUUGCAGAGAAAUUAAAUGAGAUGUUACAUAACAGCAGAGAAAGAACCACAGUUUGAAGUAAAAGCUGACUAUAACUGGUGGAUGUUGCUGAGAACAAAAUCAUAAUUUGUUUUUCAGAUAAAUGUAACGGGUUUUAUACUUGUCCUAUAGGAGAAUGCAAGGAAGGCUUUGGACGUCCUGUGGGACAGGAGGCAGAGAGGAAGUGAUUUGGUGGGGACUGUCAUUAACAUCCAUAAUGAAGAAUGGGUCCGGAGAGGUGAGACAGUUUAGAUACACAUACAACCUGUGUAAGGACACAGGCGGUGGACCAGCGUGAUAGAGAACACUGAUGAUCCAGUGCAUACAUAUUUUAUAAUUCUACACAUGAAUCCUAAUGUAUUAAUAUAUCUGUCUCCCCACUACUUUGUUUGCAGACAGUGGAGUCGGUGCUGGUAUCGACUCAUACUAUGAAUAUCUGAUGAAGGCCUACAUUCUUCUUGGAGACAAUGUUUUUCUUGAAAGGUUCAAUACUGUAAGUCUGCCUCCAUCAGUGUGGUUCAUAUCCAAUAAGUCACCUGGAGGCCGAAGUUUCCACUUGUUCACUGACGUAUUUUAUGGUGUUUGUCUAUCACAGCACUACAGUGCCAUUAUGAAGUACAUCAGUCAGCCUCCCCUGCUGCUUAAUGUGCACAUGCACAACCCCACUGUGAGCGUGCGCAGCUGGAUGGACUCUCUCCUGGCAUUCUUCCCUGGCCUACAGGUCAUAGAUCCUGCCAUAAGAUCUCAUGGAAUCAUUUAAAUUUUCUAUCAUCCAAAAAUGAUUCUUUUUAGAAAUAUAGCACAUGUAUUUAUAGUAUAGUGACUUUCCUUUUUCAAUCAGGUUUUGAGAGGAGAUCUGAAGCCAGCCAUUGAGACUCAUGAAAUGCUUUACCAAGUCACAAAACAGCACAAGUUCCUUCCAGAGGUAAAAGUUCUCUACCCUGUUUGAGCUGCCUGAUUUAGUUCUGUAGACAUGUGUGUGUUAAUGAGGUUCUUGUGGACCCUCUCAUCAAAACACUGCUAAAAACAGAAGCACUACUGUUGAAGACAUAAGGACCUCAGUAUAGAUUCCAGAGGACAUGUGGUCUAAUACAUCUGUCAACUCUUAACAUGACAUAAUCAUACCAAAGUAAAUGAUUAACAAGUGAACAGCUGUAGCACCACUUGACUGUAUUAUGGUGGGAAAAGUCAUACGUUACACAAAGUCAGGCUUUAUGUAAUACAAAUGUUAUCUGCUUUCUCACGUUCUAUAUGCUGAAUAAUGUUACUUUCAGCAAUAUUUACUUUUUAUUCUAACAUGCUCACUUUCCCCUCUUCAGGCCUUCACUACAGAGUUCAGAGUUCAUUGGGGCCAACACUUACUGAGACCAGAGUUUGCAGAAAGCACCUACUACCUCUAUAAGGUAAAACAAUAUACAAACCUCUGCUUCAUUUACUGAAGUUAAUGUAUAAAAGAAGUCCACCUUUGUGCCAAAUUCACAAAGCAUUUUUGUAGAAUUUCUCUUCUAAGAUGACAAACGGUGGAUGGACUGUUUAGUACUUACUCUAGUUCAGCUUAACCCAUUCAUACCACUGGGAACAGCUAGUAGGGGUAGUUUGGGGUUAAGAGUUGUGGGACCUGAGACUGAACCUCUGACCUCCUGAUUUAGAGACUAUAAGAUGCAUGAUUCUGAUGACGUGUUUGCAUUUGUAGGCCACUGGUGACCCCUACUACCUCAGAGUGGGACAGUCCAUAGUGGAGAAGCUCAACGCCUACGCCAGGGUGCCUUGUGGAUUUGCUGCUGUUCAGGACGUACGCACUGGGACACAUGAAGACAGGUACACACCAGUAAACACAUCUUUGAAAGUAUUUGUUGUAAAUAGAUUCAUUGGACCCCCUGAAUAUGCGGUUUUAUUCCACGGUUAAUGUUUUUCUUUUGUGUGUGUUCGCAGGAUGGAUUCCUUCUUUCUGGCUGAGAUGUUUAAAUACUUGUACCUGCUGUUUUCGGAGAAGAGUCAGCUGCCAAUCAAUAUUGAUGACUACAUCUUCACCACAGAAGCUCACCUCCUUCCUGUGUCCUUGUCCACCACCAAGCCACCCUGUCCAGGCAACAACACAGUGAGAGACAUCACUUUGUCUGAAACAGAGGUAUGAACAUCACAACACUAUUUUUAUAUUUGGUUCACUUUAUCGAGCCUCUAAUCGCUCUGUCUGUCCCUCAGGAGACUGUCCCUGUUUCUCAAGAAGAGGACUUGUUUACACACUCUUGUCCCAGCUUGGAAACAUUGUUCCCCAACAACCCUUCCUUUGCCAAAACCAUCCGGGAUGGCUACAAGUACCUCACAGGGGUGGGACGAGCUGCCCACCCUCUACCUGUCAGGUGUGUUGAAUCACAGGGGGUGUUUGGUUUGGAGCAAAAUCACUUGUAUUCAUUGUUGGCGGUAAUAACUUCCUGUUUUUUGUUCACUACAGGGAAAUUGAACUACCGCUUCAUGAUAACGGCAUGGAGCCGGUGGAGUUCCUGAGAAGCAUGGGCAUUUCUCUCACUCCACUGAAUGAGGUCAUAGUGGGAGACAGGAACGGCCAGAAGGUAUUAAAGUUGCUUUCACUCUUACCCUGACCUGGCCUGUCGUUCUGCAUUAUUUAGUUUUGUCUUUGAAAACUUUCCAAACUCAGAUAAAGCAAAUUUAUGGUUUAUUUUAUGGUUUACACCUGAUACAAGGAUCACUGUAGAGAUGAGACAGUUCAUGCAUGUGCAAGCAGAGCUGCACAAACUGCCUGCCUAGACUAACUUGAAGGUGUUACUCCAAUUCCUGACAGGAAAUCUAUAAAGGGAAAAAAAAGGGGCUGGCAGUAUUUUUUAGUUGGAUUUUCUUGGUACUUUUUUGUUAGUCUGCUAAAUAUGUAAAACAUGAUCACAGUUCCUGGUUUUUAUGCUGUAACCACGCUUUAAUGCAACUGUCAAAACAGGCCAAUUAUACAACCUGCUGUUGAACCAAUUAUACCUUUUAAAACUGUAUAAACAACAGAGCACUGAGCAGCAGGAUUUAGAGGAUUAUUAACCAAUUUAAAUAGAAGGGGGAUAUUUUUAAAUGGGUUGUUUGAUUAUCUUAUCAGCUCUGCUACGCUCAUUUCUCUUCAUACGCAAACGCAAAUGAUAUGUGGUCUCUGGCAAUAUAAGGUUCCCAACAGUGAAAGGGGAAGUUGAUAUAGCAGACAUAGCAGCAGUAUAAUAAAUGCAGUAUAUUACAAUGUCCUCAUGCUCGAUAAUAAAUCCAGAAGAACGAUAUCUGGCUAUGGCAUCAAAUUUUCCAUCUUUGAAUUAAUCAUUGCACUAGAGAUUACAGAUGACCUGUGACUGUUUUCAUGUCUGACUCUCUGUAGAUACACAAAGGAAUGUACCGGGUCAAACUGGUAGCAGAGCUGAGCCAGACACCAGAGGAGGAAGAGGUGGUUCCUCAUGCUGUUCAGCUCAUAUCUCCGCCAUUUCUGGGCAGGACGGUCCUCACAGCAGGACCUGCCAAGUUUGGCAUGGACCUCACAAAGCAGGAGCACGGGGUGACUAAACUCAAAAAAUAGAGUGUCACUGAGAACAAAGAGAUAAAAUAAAGAUGACUUGUAACUACAGAUGCUUUGUAUGCUUGUAAUAAACAGCUAUUUCUUGUACUGUAGGUGAAGGGCAGCAUAUUGAAAGCCUCCCCAUACACUGCUUGUGGACCAAUAGAGAACGCAGAGGAGCUCAGAGGCCAUAUUGCUCUGGCACUGCGUGGUGACUGCAUGUUUGCUGCAAAGGCUCGUCAGCUGCAGGAGGCAGGAGCCAUAGGAGUCAUAUUUAUAGGUGAGGAUGAUUACAAGAAAAACUGCGACUUAUGUCAUAAUGUUGUCAUGAGUAUUUUCCCCUUUGUGGAUAAUAUCCGGACAAUCAGGCUCGUAUAUUUCUGGUAUCUGCUGUUCACACAUGAACCUCAAAGUGGGAGAUUACACAUGUCAGAAAUGCUCUCACAACCCAAACUACUCAUUAAGCUGAAACCACCUUUUCUCAACAGUCUGGUUUAAUGCUCAUUUCACUAUCAAACACUGAAGAUCAGACCUCCACCUAUCUAAAGUUUUCGAAUGACUCCCUUAUUCUUUUUCUUAGACCACCGCGAGGGAAGUAACAGCGAGGAGACCCCCCUUUUCCAGAUGGUUGGAGACGGUGACUCCACGGACGACAUCACCCUCCCUUUGGUGUUCGUGUUCAGCUUUGAGGGUGCCGUGCUCACAGCGGCUCUGGAGGAGCAUAAGAAUGUGGAUGUGCUGCUGCUGCCAAAAGAGAGGCAGCUGGGACAGGGUGAGGCAGAGGAGGACUACAGAUUUAAGCUGAUAAUAGUCAAAGUUUUUGGUAGAGAGAGAGAGACCUAGAACUUCAGUACUCGAGCUUUUUUUAAUGUAUAUUGGUAUAUCAUUAAAGAAAAGGCUUGACAUGCUUAAGUGCUUUUUAAAUAGUUACUGUAAGUCAGUUUGAGUGUUUGAUAACAAGGCCUCACUUUGCGUAUCACCUGUUCUCCUCGUUGUCCAGAUAAGACAGAAAAACCCAUCGGCAUGAACAUCAAACUCCGCCUGGCAGAGGAAGGGGAGCUGGAUGGAGCGGGCAGAGGGCCGACCCUGGAGUUCGUCUUGGAGAAAGAACAUUUGCUCCUUAAAGAGGAAGAGGAGGAAGAGUUCGAGCAUAGGGAACAGCAGCAUUCACAGCCGCAGGGGUUUUGCACAAAGGCAGCAAAGGAUGAUAGAACUGAACCGAGUUUAACAGGUUCAUCUGGAACAAGGAACUCAAACUGUGGACCAGACACAAACCCUUGACCACUGCUAAUCCCAUGUUUUCUACAGUGAUCCCUCGCCAGCUUCUGAUUGGCUUUGUGCGUCAGAGCCCCUCACUGCCCUAAAUGGAGCCCUAACUGACCCAGCCUGCAUGUUAGCGACCAAUGAAGGAGCGGAGUGAUGACAAAACUCACAUCCUGUGAAACCUUUCUGUAUUUAUUAGACAGAGUUAAGUGAACGUGUGUCCCUCUGAAUUUAGGGGCUCCUCUGAAACUGAAGUAGAUCUUUAGAGGCUGUAAGCUGUAGGUUAAGAUGGCUGAGCUUGUACUGAUCCUGUUGUGUUGCUGUUGUAGGCACAGACAAGGUGCCCUUUGUGAGUGACAACGAUGUAGACCACUGACUAGGAUUUAAAUUUACCUCAAUCUUGAGGAAACUCAGAUAAGGCAAAAAAACAAACUAAAAUGCUCGUUUUUUUAUGCAGUGCAGUUUGUCUUAGAUUGCUCUUUUUCAGUGAAACAAACUAUGAUAAAAUAUUCAAUUAUGGUGGAUUGAAGGUAGCCUGGCCAGUAGGUGGAGUUAGCUCCCAGAGUUACUCAGUAAUGUGACAUUUUAAGUUGAAGGAGGUGAAUUGGGGCCAAAUUAGAAUUUCUUUUGUACAAUUGCGCAACUUCAGGGAAUUUAAAGAGUAAAUGCGGUUUGCCAGGUUGACCUAUUUGGUCAAACGUGUGUGUGGGUGUGUGUUCAUUCUGCAUUUCCUUUUUGCCACCAUGUGUGAAUGUUGAAUUGUGUGUGUGUGAAGUAACUACAAUAGUAAAGAAAGUAUCUCAGCUUCAACAUCAUCACUUUUAGAUGAAACUCCACUCUCUAUGAUUUUUGAUCAUAAAAGGAAAUCAGAAUAAAAUGUCCGGGGGACAGACACAGUAAAUCUUUUGGAAAUCAUUUUAGGUCAUUUGAGCUGUUUUGAAUUUUUCAGACUCAUGAACACAAGAUUCAUUACUAACUUUUAAUUAAACCAUGUUAAUUGCCUUCUAAAAAUGACCAAAGACGGUUUUGUCGCAUGUUACAGGGUGAGUUCUGGAUGCUGCAGUCCCAGACUGUUGUGCACUUUGAAACACGGGUAUGAUUUUCUCUGGCAGAUUCAAGCAUUUCUAACCACGUCUCUUCUUCUUUUUUGUGUGUGCAAUAAGUUAUUUUGUUUGAAGUUAUUCAUCAAAAUGACAUUGAGUAAAGAUGCAAAUUUGAGUUCACCUUGGAUUUUAGGAGAAAACUCUAAAGGCUUGUUGGAUAAGUAGGAUUUUUCCAUCAUCUCAAACCGGAAUGGCUUGUAAAAGUACUACUAAAACUGCAGUAGAGGAGGAUUUUUUUAACGCAUUUUGGAUCCAGGUCUUGGUGUUUUUCCUUCAAGACCUAAAUUUUCCUGCCGUCAGCUCUCUUCAUUUUUAUACUGAACCUUAAAGUUGUCAUCCUCAUGUGUAAAACCUUUAUGCAACAAUUUAAAAACAUAAAAAAUCUCUUGAACCAGUGUCGUCAUAAUCACUCGACCUUUUCACGCUUAGUUUUGCUCCAUGGUUUGUGUCUUGUGAUGCAUAAAUGUCAGCUUAUGUGUGGUUUAACAACACCAGGUUGUCGUUAAUGUUUCUAGUGGACCUUCCUCUUGACACUGCUGAGAUAAUAUCGAGUCUUAAUCCAAAGUUACAGGUGAUGUUUUGAUUUAGCCCUAAUGAGGCUUUGCCAACAGGUAUACCUCAGGACUGUGCAUGUUACUGUUAACAUUAAGAAACUGAUCAUGAGAAAGUAGUAAAGGGUACUGUUUCUGUUAUUUUAACGCUAUUUAAUAUCAUGUUCUGUUGUUUUCUCAAGUUUCUGUUGAUCCAGUGAAGAAGUGCCAAAAUAGAUGCAUGACAUGGCUCCUGUUUCUGUGACACAUCUCUCUGUAUUUAGUUUGGGACUGUGAGCUGAGGCAGUCAGGUCAAUAAAUUUUAAAUCACAAUGUGA